AUGGUGGUAACGCAAACGGCUUCAAGUGUGAAUACAGCAGGUCGAACCGUUAACGGCAAAAACAGCGCUGCACGGCCAUCUAAUGGUACACGACAACAGGCAAAGUCACCUGUUCCCGCCGCAGGUGGUGGCGCUAGCGGUGGCAAGGGUAAGUCUACAAAGCUAACCAGCCGUUGUAUAUUGCGAACGGUUACCGCAUUUCUGGCGAGCAGCAAGCGCAACUCCAGCAAUGCACAACAGCGCGCCAAACAGACGAAUAAGCGACGUCGCCAACGCAAGAUGGACGAGUUGAGCGGUAAAUUGAAUCCCAAAUUGUUGGAGAAUUUACGUAAAAAGACAAAGUUUAGCAAGGAUGAAAUAGAUGCUUUAUGUCGAAUUUAUCGUAAACUUAUAUCGAAUAGCCAAUAUGCCGCAAAAACAUUGGCGACCGGCAGUUCGAGUGCAGCAAUUGUAAAGCCACAUGCAACAGUCGAGGUAAGAUUUGUAUGUUUACGUAUAUGA